AUGACUACUCCCAAGUUCACAUCCGACAUUGCCAUCAUCGGUGGCGGUAUCGUGGGCUCAGCCCUCGCCUAUUUCUUGUCUACCUCGGAGCAAGGCAAGAAGAUCAUUUUAAUUGAUCGCUCUUUCGCACCAUUACAGGGCUCCACGGGCUAUGCCCCCGGUUUUGUUGGUCAAUUCAAUGAAUCGGAAGCCCUCACCCUUCUGGCGAUUGAUACAGUGAAGGAAUAUACCAAAAUUCCCGGGGGGUUCGACACCGUCGGGGGUCUUGAGAUUGCCACCAGCGAUGAAGGGGCCAAUCGCUUGAAAUCAAGAUAUGAAGCAGCACGAAAGGUCGGACUUACCGCAGAAUUGAUCUCCUCGGAGGAAGCAGUGCGUAUGGCCCCUGACCUGGUCAAGGGAUACAACCAGAUAGCUCUUCAUUUCCCUAGUGAUGGAACGGCAAACGCCACAAAAAUAUCAUCUUUCUAUCAAGAAAAGGCCCAGGCAAGCGGAGUCCAACUCCUUCAGACAAAUGUUUCCAGUAUCUGUCAAGUCAAUGGCCAAGUGCAAGGGGUCAUGACCAUGUCCGGACUCAUCGCAGCCAAAACGGUGGUUAUUGCAACCGGGAUCUGGGCCCCAGAGCUCUGCGAACUCGAUAUCCCGAUCCCAAUUGUACCCGUUGCGCACCCGUAUAUGUAUGGUGAGAACCAUGAACCCAACCCACGCAAGAUGCCCUUUGUCAGAUGGCCUGAGCAUCAUGUCUAUGCUCGCGACCAUGGCCCAUUCUACGGAUUAGGUUCAUACGAUCAUCAGCCGGUCUCGCAGGAGCCGACAGCCGCCGCUAUUGGAGAUUGGAUUGAGGAAUUUGAUACAACCCUGAAGAAUGCUCUGAAUUUUAUACCCGAGAAGACGAACUUGGUGCCAAAACGAAAAUUCAAUGGCAUCUUCUCCAUGACGCCUGAUAACAUGCCAAUAGUGGGAAACAUCCCUUCCAUAGGUGGUCUUUUCAUGGCAGCUGCAGUAUGGGUUACUCAUGCGGCUGGCUCUGCCAAAUUUUUGGCGCAGCUGAUGAAAGGAGAGAAAGUUGAUGAGAAUAUCCGAAAGGCGUUGGAUCCCAGUAGGUUUCAGGGUAAAGAUAUGGGGCGCUUGAAACGGGAGUCGUUGGAUGCUUAUAAUGAAAUUUAUAAGACUCAGCAGAGUUAG